GGGCGACGAUGGUCAUCCGUCCGUUGGUUUCGAGGGUGAUACGAAAUAAGUGGUCGAAUAAUUUUCGAAUAGUAAGUAUUCGAAUGAUAUUGGAAUAUUUGGUGUAUCGAAUUAUCAUACAGGUAUUUCCCUACUUUAUUAUCAUUCGAAUAUUUACUCGUACAUGAUUCAAGUAUCUGUCUAUUCGAAUACUUGUCGAAUCCAGAAAGAAUUCGAUAAAAAGUCACAGUCCCAGGCUAUUGUCGCCAAGGAGCAACGAACAUUCGUCUGUUUCUGUUUGCUCGUGACAUUUUGAACGCGUUCUUGCUACACCUUCGAGCCGAGAAGCCACGAGCCCGAAACCUCGUCCUUGAACUUCCUAACGACGGGCCAUCCUCGUCGUGAUUCGCACGGGUGCCAUCGCGGACUUUUCUAGCCGUCGUCGACCUCGAAAGUCGGUCUCGAGAUGCGUGAAAUCGUGCAUAUCCAAGCUGGACAAUGCGGCAACCAGAUCGGUGCCAAGUUUUGGGAGGUGAUUUCGGACGAGCACGGCAUCGAUCCAACCGGUACGUACCACGGAGACUCGGACCUUCAGCUAGAGCGCAUCAAUGUCUACUACAACGAAGCAUCCGGUGGUAAAUACGUGCCACGUGCCAUUUUGGUCGACUUGGAGCCUGGCACUAUGGACUCCGUUCGCUCUGGAGCGUUCGGGGAGAUAUUCAGACCCGACAAUUUCGUGUUCGGACAGUCAGGGGCUGGCAACAACUGGGCCAAAGGCCACUACACCGAGGGAGCCGAAUUAGUCGACUCUGUUCUCGACGUGGUCAGAAAGGAAGCCGAGAGUUGCGACUGUCUGCAAGGAUUCCAGCUAACCCACUCCCUGGGCGGUGGCACAGGAUCAGGCAUGGGCACCUUGCUCAUUUCCAAGAUCCGCGAGGAGUACCCUGACAGGAUUAUGGCUACCUUCUCCGUAGUCCCAUCCCCGAAAGUCUCCGACACAGUCGUGGAACCCUACAACGCCACCCUGUCGGUUCACCAGUUGGUAGAGAAUACCGAUCAAGCUUACUGCAUCGAUAACGAGGCCCUCUACGACAUCUGCUUCCGAACCCUGAAGCUUUCCACUCCGACGUACGGAGACCUUAACCACCUAGUUUCGGCCACCAUGUCCGGAGUUACCACGUGUUUGAGAUUCCCUGGUCAGCUGAACGCUGACCUGAGGAAACUGGCGGUGAACAUGGUUCCCUUUCCGCGUCUACACUUCUUCAUGCCUGGGUUCGCACCCCUAACGUCGCGGGGAAGCCAGCAAUACAGAGCGUUGACGGUGCCCGAGCUCACCCAGCAGAUGUUCGACGCGAAGAACAUGAUGGCUGCCUGCGAUCCGAGACACGGCAGGUAUCUGACCGUGGCUGCCGUUUUCCGUGGAAGGAUGUCGAUGAAGGAGGUGGACGAGCAGAUGCUGAACAUCCAAAACAAGAACAGCUCGUACUUCGUCGAGUGGAUCCCCAACAACGUGAAGACUGCCGUCUGCGACAUCCCACCUCGCGGUCUGAAAAUGUCCGCCACCUUCAUAGGAAACUCCACCGCUAUUCAGGAGCUGUUCAAGAGGAUCUCCGAGCAGUUCACCGCCAUGUUCAGGAGGAAGGCGUUCCUUCAUUGGUACACCGGCGAGGGGAUGGACGAGAUGGAGUUCUCGGAAGCGGAAUCGAACAUGAACGACCUGGUGUCGGAGUACCAACAGUACCAGGAGGCCACCGCAGAGGACGAGGGAGAGUUCGACGAGGAGGAAGAGGCGGAGGAGAAGUAAAACGAUUUCUCGACUUCUUCUCCUCGCUGUUCUCGCGGGACGGGGGCCCUCGAUCGGCGACGAGGACAGCAAAUUUCUCGUGCAGGCUCGACGAGAACCGAAUCUUCCGAACGCACUAUACCGAAUUCUUCAAAAUGGGUUGUUAGCUUUGUAUACGUAUGUAGCGGACUCGUUCGCGCCGAUUUUUCUCAACGACACCUUUUUACCACCGAUUUUUGAUCGAUUUUUAUGCUUUGAUCGACUUUACAUAUAUAAUAUACGUGUAUACAUAUGUUGUAAGUGAUUUUAGAGAAAAUGUAUUACCUUUGUUGAACAUUUAAUAGACAUACUCUUUAUGGUA